AUGGCGUACUCGAGUUAUGAAAACAGCGCUCAGAAUUUCUCCGAGGAGGCAUUAGAGGAAGAAACUGUGGUUCUCACAUUGGUUCCAGUUAAUGAAGAAACUAAUGAAGAACAUCAGGUGGAACCAAGUGUUUCCUCAACUUCAGAAGUUGGCCUGGAGAUGCCUGGGACAAACGAUAAAGUUUGUCAUCUUCAAAUGAAUGAACAAUUCAAGUCUUGUCCAAAACAUAGUUGUUGUAAUACACUGAUCCUUCCCUUGCCCACCAGUUUGCCUCCAGUUAAUAAAGUACGUUGGGACACUUUGCGAAACUGGUGCCAACAAUUUAAUUUGAGUACCGAUGGCCGGAAAAUAGAUGUUUAUCUGAGGCUCCAGAAACAUGCUUACUCUGAAAUAAAUGAGAAUAUUCCUAAAAUAUCACCAGAGGCCCAAUUGCAGUCAUGUUCGACAAAAUGCAAAAUGGCAACCAAGAGAGCAAGGAUUCGGAAACGUUGUAAGAAGAGUGAAAGAGAGGAAGGGAUUAAUAUAGUUGAAGUGAUAACUUCAGCACAAGAAGGCAUGUUGGCAGCGUGGUCAAGAAUUGCUGCAAGAGCCAGUCAAUCCAAGUCUGCGAAUUCACGUCCCAUUCCUGUUUCCGUUGAGACUUUUCUCCUGCAAGCCUCUGGUGUCAGGUGGUGUGUGGUCCAUGGCAGACCUCUCUUGGCAGACACAAAAGGUUGGGUUCGCCUGCAGUUUCAUGCAGGUCAGGCCUGGGUGCCUGACACCCCCAAGAGGAUGAUUUCUCUCUUCCUGUUGCCCGCCUGUACUUUCCCAUCCCCGGGCCUUGAAGAUAAUAUGUUAUGCCCUGAAUGUGCUAAGAGGAAUAAGAAGAUAAUGAAAAGAUUAAUUGCAAUGGGGAAGGAGAGGCGACGUGGCUUGAAUACAUCAACAUCUUUCCCUUUGAGUGGGCCAUAUCUUAAUAAAGAAUAAAUGGUGGAGAUCCUGUGGCUA